AUGUCGGGUCGUGGAAAAACUCUUGGAUCUGGCGUUGCUAAGAAGUCAACGACGAGGAGCAGCAAAGCCGGUCUCCAGUUUCCGGUGGGUCGUAUCGCCAGAUUCCUCAAGAACGGCAAAUACGCCGAACGUGUCGGUGCCGGAGCUCCGGUCUACUUGGCCGCCGUUCUCGAAUACCUCGCCGCAGAGGUUUUGGAAUUGGCUGGAAAUGCAGCGAGGGAUAACAAGAAGACAAGAAUCGUGCCACGUCACAUUCAAUUGGCGGUUAGGAACGAUGAGGAACUGAGCAAGUUGCUUGGAGAUGUUACGAUUGCUAAUGGAGGUGUGAUGCCUAACAUUCACAAUCUUCUUCUUCCCAAGAAGACUGGGGCUGCUUCCAAACCUUCCGGUGACGACGAUUAG